UGGAGAGGAAAGAAAAAUCGAAACCAGCGAUGACGUAAGGUUUAGUAAUAAUGUGUCGACACUUCAUUCGCAUUGAAGCGACGAACAGCGACGUGUAUCAAAGUGACCAAGAGCGAGAUCGCCGUCUUAGACAGUUCAGCACUCUCAUCUGAGUAGUCCACAAAGAUGAAGUUGAUAAUUUCCCCGGCUAUAGGCUUAGUCCUAUUUAUUUGUAUUAACUCUGUACUCAGCGUAGUAGAUCCUCAUGAGCAUAACAAGAUAGUUUGCUACUGGAAUGCUUCGUCCUUCGAACGGUCAGGACCUGGUAAGUUCCAAGUGGACGAUCUCCGACCAGCUCUCUCGAUAUGCACUCAUUUGAUCUACAGUUUUGCUGGUAUCAAUGCAGAAAACUUCGAAGUAAUUCCGUUAAAUCAUAAUCUGGAUACUGGCGCAGGUUAUGGAUUUUAUCGUUUAGUCACACAACUGAAGCGCCAAUUACCGGAACUUAAAGUCUAUAUUAGUAUAGGCGGUAAUGCUGAUCCCUACGAGGAGACUCACAAAUAUCUUACUGUCACAGAAUCGCCAGAGUCCAGGACUAAAUUUGUCAACUCCGUAAGUCGUUUACUUGCAGAUUAUGAUUUCGAUGGUGUGGAUCUUGCUUGGCAAUUCCCACCUGUCAAGGUAAAGAAGAACCGUGGCACUUUUAGUUCUAUUUGGCAUGGAAUCAAAAAGACCUUUGGAUAUGGCAAGUUCAAAGAUGAUAAAGAGCAAGAGCAUCGUAAUGGUUUUACUAGUUUAGCUCGUGAUCUUAAGAAUCACCUUAGAACCAAGAACAAGGCGCUCACUAUUACAGUUUUACCGCACAUCAACGCUAGUAUUUACUACGAUGCAAGAUUAUUAGUUCCAAAUUUGGAUGCAAUUCAUGUAUUUGCAUUUGACCAAAUUAAUCCAGAACGUUCGCCGAAAAAAGCGGAUUAUCCAGCACCCAUUUAUGAAAGUUAUGGUCGCGAAUCUACAGAAAACCUUGAUGCUCAAACCAGAUACUGGCUGGAAAAUGGCACUCCUGGAAGUAAAAUCGUCGUAGGCAUUCCUGCAUUUGCUCGUACGUGGAAACUCACCGCAGAUAGUGAAGUUUCAGGAGUUCCACCAGUAACUGCCGAUGGUCCUGGAGCUGAAGGUCCUCAUACGGGUUCAUAUGCUGAAGUUUGCUCACGUCUUACAGAGCAUACGGUUGGACGUCUCAGACGUGUUAAUGAUCCUUCAAAGAAGUAUGGAGCUUAUGCAUAUCAAAGUUAUAACUCCGAGACUGGAGUCGAAGGAAUUUGGGUUGGUUUUGAAGAUCCAGAUACUGCUGGCAACAAAGCUUUGUAUGCAAAGGCUAAGGGACUGGGAGGUGUAGCCAUUUAUGAUUUGUCACUAGAUGAUUUCCGCGGUGUUUGCAAUGGCGAUAAAUUCCCUAUAGUUAAGGGGGCUCAUUUUAAGAUAUAGGCCACUUUACUGUGUCUGCGAACAUAGUCGAAAUGUUGUUUUAAGACAGGAGAAAAUAUAGCGAUAAUCUGAAAUUAAAUUUUUUUUUUUUGGAUAAUAAUUCGAAUUUUAUUGUACUUUCUCAGCUAUUAAUGUAUAUCCAUAUUGUAUUGUCUUUUUUAUAUUUUAUAUUAAAGAACUAUAAUCUAAAGGAA